AACCAAUAAAGGAAAGUAGAAUCCAUAUAUCCCAUCUAUCUUUCCUUCAAUUUUCUUCCCUUCACCAAAUUUUCUAACUAAUGGCAACCUUCAAAACAAUCAAAAAUCACCAUAAACAUCUUAAUAAUCCUUUCCCUUCAACCCCAAAAUCUCUUCCACUUAUUCAAGGUAACCUCUUUUUCAAUCCUAAUUCACUACCUUCUCACCAAUUUUACUCCAUUGGAAGCCAUUUUCAAGCUCUUUGGAGCUCUAAAAAUGGCGGGUAUUUCUCAAUUUCUCAUAUUUCUAACCCUAAAAGAUCAAUUUGGUCUACUAUUCCUGGAAAAGCUUUUGUUUCUGCUGCAUUAGCUGAAACAGAGGUUGAAGAAAGCAGAGGAUCAUUUGCAAUUAUUGAUAGAAAAAUCCAAUUAGUUUGUAAACACCAAAUUGUUGAAAAUAUUAAGAUAAUUAAUUAUGAUCUUAAUGGAAAUUUAGAUAGUAAAGAUCAAGAUUUUCCAUCUGGGUAUCUUGAAUUUGAUCUUAAACAAGCUUUAAAUGAUGCAAAAUCCCCUGUUUUGUCUAUAACAGGGAGAAUUUUUCAGAAAAAUAAGGUCAUUAAUGGUGUAACUACAUUUUCUUGUUCAUCUAAGUAUUGGGUUAUUUUCUAUCAAAAGAAUGAUCAUCAAAUUGGGUUCCAAAUUAAGGUUGGUAAACCAAAUUAUGAGUUUAAUCAUCAAAAAUCAAAAGGAUUAAAGAAGAAAUUAGGUCGAUUUCGAAAUCGAAAAUUUGGAUUGAAUUGGUUCCCUUUAAGAGCUAAAGGUUUUGGAUUAGGAGCUAUAAUGUCCAUUGAGGAAGAUAAUGUUGAGAGGCAAAAAUGGUUAGCAAAAUCAUUAGAGUUUAAUAGGAUAUGUUUUUCUUACUCUAGUGAAGAAAAUGAGAGAUUUUUUGGGUUUGGAGAACAAUUUUCACAUAUGGAUUUCAAGGGAAAAAGGGUUCCAAUUUUAGUACAAGAACAAGGAAUUGGAAGAGGAGAUCAACCCAUAUCUUUAGCAAUUAAUUUGGUUAGUUAUAGGGCAGCUGGUGAUUGGAGUACAACCUAUGCUCCCUCUCCAUUUUAUAUCACAUCAAAGAUGAAGUCUCUUUACUUAGAAGGAUAUGACUACUCUAUUUUUGACUUAACUAUGCAAGACAGGGUUCAGAUUCAGGUACAUGGAAAUUUGGUUGCAGGAGCAAUUUUGCAUCGAAAUUCACCUACUGAGCUUAUUGAAACAUUCACAGAAUCCAUAGGAAGACCUUCUCAACUUCCUCAUUGGAUCAUAUCAGGGGCUGUUGUUGGUAUGCAGGGAGGUACAGACACUGUGCGGAAUACAUGGGAAGUUUUAAAGACUUAUGAUGUUCCCAUUUCUUCAUUCUGGUUGCAGGAUUGGGUAGGACAAAGAGAAACGCUUGUAGGAUCACAACUAUGGUGGAACUGGGAAGUAGACACAAUACGGUAUAAAGGAUGGCAACAACUUGUUAAAGAUCUAAACAACCAACAUAUCAAAGUAAUGAGUUAUUGCAAUCCUUGUUUAGCACCAAGUGAUGAGAAGCCAAACAGAAGGAGAAACAUGUUUGAGGAAGCUAAGAAGUUGGACAUACUAGUGAAAGACAAGUAUGGAGAACCAUACAUGGUUCCUAAUACGGCCUUUGAUAUAGGAAUGUUGGAUUUAACACACCCGGAUUCUGCACCAUGGUUCAAAAACAUCCUGCAAGAAAUGGUAAAUGAUGGAGUCAGGGGUUGGAUGGCUGAUUUUGGUGAAGGUCUUCCUGUAGACGCUACCCUUUAUUCAGGCGAGGAUCCUAUAGCUGCCCACAAUCGAUAUCCAGAAUUAUGGGCACAGAUAAACCGCGAGUUUGUAGAUGAAUGGAAAUCAACGAGUUCAGGCAAGCAAAAGGAAGAUCCCGAAGAAGCAUUGGUGUUCUUUAUGAGGGCGGGUUUCAAGGGAAGUCCGAAAUGGGCUAUGCUGUUCUGGGAGGGAGAUCAAAUGGUCAGUUGGCAAGCAAAUGAUGGGAUUAAAAGUGCUGUUGUUGGGUUGCUUAGCAGUGGAAUUUCGGGUUAUGCUCUUAAUCACAGUGAUAUUGGAGGGUAUUGUGCUGUUAACUUACCUCUAAUCAAGUAUCAUAGGACUGAGGAGCUGCUAUUGAGGUGGAUGGAACUUAGUGCUUUCACCGUUGUUUUCCGGACUCAUGAAGGGAACAGACCAUCCUGCAAUUCCCAAUUCUACUCAAACCACAAAACUUUAUCACAUUUCGCCCGCUUUGCAAAGGUGUACAAGGCCUGGAAAUUUUACAGAAUCCAACUAGUCAAGGAAGCUUCUGAGAAGGGCCUUCCAGUAUGCCGACACUUAUUCCUACACUAUCCCGAAGAUGAAUAUGUGCAAACACUAACAUACCAGCAGUUUCUAGUUGGUUCAGAAAUUCUGGUCGCACCUGUUCUCGACAAAGGAAAAAAGGAAGCAAAGGUGUAUUUUCCCUUGAAGGAAGACGAAAGUUGUUCAUGGAUACAUAUUUGGACUGGAAAAGAGUACACAUGUACAGGAACUGAAGCUAGGGUAGAUGCUCCUUUAGGUUAUCCAGCAGUUUUUGUUAAGUCUGGAUCUCUUAUAGCUGAAACUUUCCUUCAGAAUUUGAGAGAUUUGGAUAUUCAUUGAUUUUUUUUAUAGGUAUAAGGUAGCUCGGAAAUAGCUACAUCACGAUCCAAGGCCAUGCCUCACAAUCUAGCCUUGGCAAAGUAAGGGUUUUCAAGUUCAAGGGAUGGACUAAAAUGGGAAGUAUGAAAAUUUCUCAGGGACAGAGGGAGUGACAAAAUACUGCAGAAACAAACAGCCUGCACUUAUUUAUACUGACCUUCUACUCAGAGUUUCCUCUAUCAAAUUACUAUUAGCUUCUACUUCAAUUUUCACAUGCCAUUCCGCAACUUUUUUUGACCUUUAAAUCAGAAAACUUAGUUAGCUUGUUUGACCAUCGGAUAUCAUUGGCGUUUAUUGUUAGCUGUUACGCAAUAUGUAUUAGGUUGAUGAUUUACAAAAAUAUUUGGUAAAAUUAAUUGUCAGCUUAGAGAAAAAGCAGGUGCUAAUAAGCCAAAACCAUGGAAUCAGUUGGCGCUUAAAAAGUCAUUUAUCAAAUAAGUUUUAAUUGUUUGACCAACCAACAAGUAAAAAAAAAAAAUAAUUGCCAAACAAACCUUAAAAAAUUUGCUACAAUCACAUUUUGUUAUUAUUUACAAAAUAUUGAUCGGAGCAAAUGGGAGAACAAGACAAAAGGUCAAUCCGGUGAAAAAGUGUGUGGAUGUGAUGAAGUGACCAUGAGAGUGUGAGGUCGUGAAUAAGAUGAGUAGAUAAACAUGUCUAUAUAAGAAACCAUAGCAAAUCUAGAACGAAACGAAUACUUAAGAGAGUUACUUGAUUCAAGCAUGAGUUCAAUACUCAAAUAAGAAAAAAAUAUGUAUAACCAUCUGAAGUAUUUACAUGAGUAAUAAGAAAGCCAACUUAAGUGAAACACAGACUAUCAGCAAUCAGUAUCCAUGGAUUUAUCCUAUAGAAAUAUUGGAUAACAAGGGUAGUUUUACUCACCAGAAGGCACUAAGCAAUUUCUUUGACAAUAGUAGUUUAAUGCCUGGUCUUCCACACAGUCUCUCUUAAAAAAUCAUUUCCAUGGUAAUAGGAAACUUAUGGUCAAAGUUGAAAUUAAGGUGACAUAGAGCCUUUACGCAUUGAAGCUUCACGUUCGAUAAGGCGCCUUUCUCUCUGCAAACAAAAUCCAACAUCAAAAACUGAAGUUCAAUCAGCAAUAAUAACGUCUAAGUGUUAAUUUUAACAUAUGGGGUCGGUUACAUGAGCAAAAAAUUUUUAUACGGGAGAAAUCCCGUAUUUAUAUAGUUGUUUGGUUGACAUCAUAAGAUAGCGAAUCAACACCAAUUGAUCCCAACUAAGACAAGGCAAGGGAAGGAUAGAUGUACACAGUAACAUAACCUCACCCCAACAAUUACAAAAUGUUGUUUCAUACAGCGAACAAUAAGGAUAAGCAAGAAGUACUCACAUAUUGAAUUCUGCAUAUAUAAAAAGAGAAAGUACAGCGAAUAUCAUAUGAAUCGGGUACAAAUGAUUUCAUAAAAGAAUAGGCAUAUGGAUUAGAUGUAUAAGAAAUGUUUUCUAUGCUGUGCAAUUAUCGAUUGCAAGUAUUAAAGAUAGCUAAAAUUUCAUAUAGACGACCAUUAGAACAAAUAUAUGGAUUCAUGCAGCCGACCUCAAUCUUUUGAUAUUAAAGCUUUGGCACUAUUGUAAAGAUAGCUAAAAUGAUGCAAUAUAUUCAUACUCUUCUUUCCCAAUAAGGAUGAAAGCAAACAUAGUCAUAGAUAGGUGAUAUCGUUG